AUGGCUCUAGCUGAUUCCAUCGUGCAGUCUCUUCUGGUUCUUCUGGUUACAUACCUUGUGUGGUGGAUCUGCCGAAGACUAAUCACAAGAUCGCCACUCGACAACAUACCAGGUCCGCCCCCUGCGUCGUUCUUGACCGGUCACCUCCCUGCAUACUUCGAUCGCCAUGGCACAGAUUUCCAAAGGCAGAUUGCUCACAAGUAUGGGCCGGUUGUCAAGAUGCAGGGCAUGUUUGGUCAAUCCCUCCUAUAUGUAUACGAUCCUAGGGCGCUUCAUACAAUGGUGAUCAAAGAACAAUCAGUCUAUGAUGAAGAGGAACUGUUCGUGAAAGCAAAUGUUCUCAUCUUCGGGCCAGGUUUGCUAUCCGUACUUGGCGAGCAACACAAGAAACAACGCAAGAUGCUGAACCCCCUGUUCUCUGCGGGGCAUAUGCGCAACAUGCUGCCGAUUUUCUACAAUGUCGCAGAGAAGCUACGGGAUACCUUUUUGGAGCGGGUGCACGAUGGACCGUGUGAAUUAGACGUGCUCAACUGGAUGGGUCGCGCCGCCCUUGAGCUCAUCGCCCAAGGCGGCAUCGGCACGUCGCUCGACCCGCUAGUCGACGACAACCCAGACGCGUAUACCAACAGCCUCAAGGCACUUGUACCGACCCUGUAUAACCUCGGUCUCCUCCGGUUUGCCCUCCUCAUACCGUACAUCUGCGAUGUCGGCCCGGCUUGGCUCCGACGGCGGCUCGUCGACAUGAUCCCUCAUGAAGAGCUCCGCAAAAUGACGGGCAUCAUCGAUUCGAUUGCAAGCAAGUCCGUUGAGAUUUACACACUGAAGAAGGCAGCUCUCCAGGAAGGCGAAGAAGAGACAUCGAGACAAGCAGCGGAGGGCAAGGAUGUCAUCAGCGUACUUAUGCGGGCAAAUAUAUCAGCCUCAGAUGCAGACAGGCUGUCAGAGGACGAGAUAAUAGCUCAGAUGACCACGCUAUUGUUCGCUGCCAUGGAUACAACGUCCAAUAGCACGGUGAAGAUCCUCGAACGCCUUGCACAGAACCCGGAUAUCCAGGAGAAACUGCGCAAGGAAGUCACUGCAGCCCAGAGUGCGGGGCGACUGUCUUACGACGAGCUAAUGCGGCUGCCCCUCCUCGACGCUGUUAUCCGAGAAACACUCCGAGUCGACCCACUCGCCAACCUAGUCACACGACAACCUAAGAAGGACGUCAUCCUACCCUUGUCCGAACCCAUUCAAGGACGAGACGGCAAAACGAUCCGUGAAAUCCCCAUCCCGAAGGGCACGCAGAUCAUCGUCGGCGUCCUGGGGUCCAACACGAACAAGGCGCUCUGGGGCGACGACGCACUGGAGUGGAACCCAGAACGCUGGCUCGCGCCGCUUCCCAGUGCCGUCACGGAUGCGCCAAUCCCCGGGGUGUAUUCCAACUUGAUGACCUUCUUGGGCGGUGGCAGGUCGUGCAUCGGAUUCAAAUUCUCCGAGUUGGAAAUGAAGGUCAUACUGUCCGUGCUGUUGUCGACCUUCAAGUUCGAGUUGACCGACAAACCGGUGGUGUGGAAUGUCGCCUCGGUUCGGUACCCCACUGUAGGAACAGAGAGCAACUACGCGGAAAUGCCGAUGAAGGUGAGCUUAGUGUAG